GAGCAGCCCCGGAGCCGGGCUUGUCCAGCUCGCAGCUCUCCGCACGCCCGGCGGGUCUGUCCGGCCGUCUGUCCCGGCCGUCUGUCUGCGGGAGCAUUCCAGGUGCGGCGGACGCACCAUGUACGCCCCGGGGCUGCUGGGGCUGGUGGUGCUGCUGCUGGUCACCUCGCUGCCGGCCGGGCACCCCGCGCCGCCGGCCGGCCCCCCGGCCCUGCGGAGCGGUUUGGGUGGUGUUUCCUCGUGCUGGCUGUCCCGGACUGAGUCGGAUCUGAGGUGCCGCGUCCCAGGGGGGAAGCUGUGCAGUGACCGAGGCAGAUGUGAGUGUGGAGUCUGUGUCUGCCAAGUGACGGAGUCCGGCAAAUACUACGGCCCGCUCUGCGAGUGCCACGACUGGGUGUGCGAGAUCUAUGACGGGAAGAUCUGCGCAGGCCAUGGGAAGUGUGACUGUGGGAAGUGCAAAUGUGAUGAAGGCUGGUAUGGUGAAGCUUGUCAGUAUCCAACUACUUGCAAUCUUACACGGAAGAAAAGCAAUGAAAUGUGCAAGAAUUCUCAAGAUAUCAUCUGUUCUGGUGCAGGCACGUGUCAGUGUGGCAGGUGUAAAUGUGCAAACUCAGAAGGAAAUGGACUGGUCUAUGGUAAAUUUUGUGAAUGUGAUGACAGAGAAUGCAUAGAUGAUGAGACAGAAGAGAUCUGUACAGGCCAUGGAAAGUGUUACUGUGGAAACUGUUACUGUGAGGCUGGUUGGCAUGGAGAUAAAUGUGAAUUCCAGUGUGACAUCACCCCCUGGGAGAUCAAGAAAAGAUGCACAUCUCCAGAUGGCAAAAUCUGCAGCAACAGAGGCACAUGUGUAUGUGGGGAGUGCACAUGCCAUGAUGUGGACCCAACUGGUGACUGGGGAGAUAUUCAUGGAGAUACUUGUGAGUGUGAUGAAAGAAACUGCAAAACAGUGUAUGACAGAUAUUCUGAUGACUUCUGUUCAGGUCAUGGACAGUGUAAUUGUGGAAGGUGUGACUGUAAAGAAGGAUGGACUGGGAAAAAGUGUGAACACCCAAGUUAUUGUCCAUUAUCAUCUGAAGAAAGUGCUAAGAAAUGCCAAGGAAAUUCUAAUUUACCUUGCUCUGGAAGAGGGAGAUGUGAAUGUGGCCAAUGCACUUGUUUCCCUCCAGGAGACAACAGAGUUCAUGGCAAAAACUGUGAAUGCGAUGAUCGACAGUGUGAAAAUGUGGAUGGUGAUGUCUGUGGGGGUCAUGGUAUCUGCUCGUGCGGCCGAUGCAUUUGCCAGGACGGGUGGUUUGGAAAGUUGUGCCAGCAUUCAAGGAAGUGCAACAUGACGGAGGAGGAGAGCAGAAGUCUCUGCGAGUCAGCGGAUGGCAUAUUAUGCUCAGGGAAGGGUUCUUGCCACUGUGGAAAGUGCAUCUGCUCACCACAGGAAUGGUACAUUUCGGGUGAUUUCUGUGAAUGUGAUGACAGAGACUGUGACAAACACGACGGUCUCAUUUGCACAGGCAAUGGUGUUUGUAACUGUGGAAACUGUGAGUGCUGGGAAGGAUGGAAUGGAAAUGCUUGUGAAAUCUGGCUGGGAAGAGAAUACCCUUAACAAGGGACGUUAAAGACUGAGGAGGUUUUUUGUUUGUUUUUCUUUAGGCUGCUAGAACAUUUAUUUUCAGAAGUACUCAGUGUGUGGGUGUGCAUGCACACACACGUACAAUAGUGUAAAUACUUUAGAAAGCUCAUUUGAGAGCGUGGUCCUUAAAGAAAUGUAUGACAAAACUAAAAGAAAAAACUUUAAAAUGCCUUGGGAGCAGGACAGUCCAAGCUCUAAAAGGUGAGUCAUAAACUAUUGGCCCUGUGGAACUUCUCCAGAGUUUUUUGGUAAAUUCAGUGGGACUGAUACUAUUUCUAAUAAUGUCUAUUUCUUAGGCAACCUCUGGAAAAGGUGUAAGAAAGCCUUUUAUUUAGCAUUAUUUACUUGGUUGUCACUUCCCCGUAUCAGUAUGCAACAAUACUCCUGUAGAAGAGUAGCACUAGUUGAACAUUUGUCAAAUAAUUAAUUUGGUUAAUUUUUUGGUGUUUGACAAAUAUAUUGCUCGGCCCUUUUUUCUUUGUAACAAUCCUGAUUAUGCACCAGCUCAUAAAUAUUAAUGACUUUUUAUUUGGUCAAAGCAUUGUAUUUGUAUAACUGAGGUCCAAUUACCUGAAAACAAUAAGCUGAAGACCCAAAAUGUCUGAACAGAUCCUCGUUCACAAGAGAACUUCUUAGUUUCUUUGUGGUUUGUGUGGUUAAGUUGAUUAUCUAAUCUGCAUACUAUAAUACUUUCAAAUACAUAACCUAUAGGAGUAUAAGGAAUUAAACUAAUAAAGAUACAAAUGUAUGAUUACCUAUUCUGAACAUGUAUCCUGCAACUCGUGUACUUUUAUCAUACUUUUCUAUGUAUGUACAGUUGCCUCAUCCUCUUAAAAGUAAAGCAAAUGAAAAUUUGUUAUACCAAUAACUUUUAGGAUGACAAUUCUGCAUGCUAUUAGAAAUCACUGUUUGGAACAGAUUGCACUGUCACACACCGUAUUCAUUGAAUUUAACUGCUGUUAUAGAAGUGGGGAGCCUGAAGGUCAACUGAUUUGAAAAAUCAGCUAUGCUGUGCAGUAGCCUGGUAUCGGCCAAAGACACUCAGAAAAUGGCCACAAAGUAAUUAAAGGUUUUAUACAGUAAAUACAAACAAAGCAGUGAUAUGAACAAAACUUUUAUUUUCAUUUUCCAAUGGUGAAAUGCUGCUCAGUGUGAAAUUCACAUUGAGUUAUGAAUGAUGCACAACUAUUGGGACUUCCCUAACUUAUUUACAUAUGAGUAUUUUUUUUUUUUUUACAUGUAGAUUUGGCAGCCCUUGAUUUCUUUAGAGCAAAAAAAGAUACAUACAUUUUAGUUUCAAAAGUGUUUACAUUUUGUGAAAUCAUGAGAGAAAUCAUGAUUGAGAGAGAAAUUGAUUGAAUGGCUGGAGAAUAUUUCUUUUUAAUACCAAACGGUAACAUUGUGGUUUAGAUGCCAACGUCCUGAUUUUUGAAGAGGUACAUGACUCAGAAAUAAGGGAAUUAUAUAUCAACCAAAAAAAGUAUUUCCAUUAUUAGUCUAGAAAUUAGUUUUCAUUUAGAAAGGACAAUUUUGAAAUAGGAAAAUACAAUGGUACAGAACAUGUAGUAGAAUGCAAAAAAUGUGAAUGAAUUUAUUUAACCACUUUUAUUAAUUCCCCUUGUCAUGUAGCUUGCUUUUUCUCUUACCCAAUAUUUUCCUUAACCUGGAUUCUUUCUUUCUAAAAAUGAAGCUUGUGAAAGCCAUGUUCUCAGGGAGUAUAAUCACCAAACAUCCAUGCAUAACUUAUAUAGAAGUUAUGCAGAAAAAAUGACAAACGUCCCAAAGCUGCUAGCUGCUCUCUUUUUAGACAACCAAAAUAUCAGGCAGAUCUCUAAAAUGUAUUGACACAGUAUAAAGAAUCUUCAGCGUAAAUUUAAUCUUGAAAUUAUAGUUUAUAUUUUGUACUUAUAACCCUUAAACUCUGUAGACCUUAACAGGAAUAUUUUCUUAAAUUUUAACACAUAUGCAUUUUGUCAACUCUGGUGUCUGGAAUGCACAGAUUGUUGGGUUUAUUUAUAUUUAUGAAUACCGCUGACCUGAAUCAUCUUAUAAUCAGUGCUUUUUCACAUAUACAUUCAUCUGCUGAAUCAGAGUGUAAACAAUGAAAGAUACAAAGUUUUCCUUGAUUUCCUUCUAUCUGCAUUUAGUACUGUAAUAAGAAAAUAUUAGAUAAUCAAAACACUUAUCCAGGUUCAGUAGAUGCUUUUGACUUGUUUCAUAGCAUGAUAAGCAGUUUUAUAAAUCCUGUAGAUCAGCCGUGGUAUUUCAGGUACUCAUUCGUAGACAAAAACCAAUUCUUUAGAGGGUUGCAAUAUCAUAUUUGAUGCAUUAUACUUCGUAAUUUGCUUUCACUUUAAGUUUAUAAACUUAAAAAGGUGUAAGAUGAUUCUGAUUUAUAGUUAGAAUUAAAAAAAAAAAAAAUUAACUCCAACAUUUUGGCUACUGGAUGGAUUACAUAUCCAUAGCAUUUCAAAAAGUGUUAUCCAAGUUUUUGUUAAGGUACAUAUGGAAAAAUAUUAGAAUAUUCUAAGACAGCUACUGUCAGUGGUUCAUUAAAAUGUAAAUUGUCAAAACAAAAUGGUACUGUUGCUAUAAACCUUAAAGUAUUAACUAAGACUACUAAAAAUAUUAUGUAUGUGCAAAUUCCUUUCCAAUUUUUAUUCUGUUUCUUAUAAUGUUGCUAAAACAUUCCCCCUGCUCUUCAUGCUGAGGUAACUGGUGAUGUAACUCCCAGCAGAUCUGUUUUGUGGCUCAUUUCCUGACUAGAAAAAUGAGAUCAGAAGGAAUAAGAUUGUUAUUCCAUAUAUGUGAAAAUAAUAGCUAUAUUAAUAAAUUGUGAUUUUACACCUCAUUCCCUGUGACAGGAAUGCCAGAUGAACUGAAAAAGCAGGAAGAGGUGUAAGGGAGUGAAACUUACUGCUUGAUUCUUCAUACCUAGUGUCUGUAAAACCUUGUUUUCAGGCCUGUGGCAAAAGGCAGAUCUAGGUGGCCAAAACAAAAUGGGAUAAAUGGGGAUUUUGUAUCAGUUAGAUUGAUAAACCUUAUAAAAAAAAGAUACUAAAGCCUUGCUUUCUUCUUACAAGAGAAAGAACCCAAUCCAGAAGUGUGCCGAAUGCUUCUACAAUAGACUUGCAGGAUUAUGCCUAUCGUAUAUAACAUAUCUGUAAUAUUACCUAUGAAAGAGCUCUGGAUUGAUUUGCGUGUAUUAAUUAUUAACCUACUUGUGAUCCUUUUUUCCCUGGCCAUACUCUUUUUAGAAACACGUAGAUGAGCAUUUAAUCAUGUACCUGCUCUGCCAUUUCUGAUGCUUCUUCACAGAAUGACAUCUCACUUUGUAGCUAAAUGAUACAGCCAAAUGAUACUGGGAUGAAGAAAGCUAAGUUGAAUAUUACUGUGACUAGGUAAUAGAACAAAAAAUUUAUUAUGUUUUUAAAAAUAAGUUAUAGCAUUUGCCUUAGUCAUCGUAAAACCCCCUUGUUAUUAGACAUUUUAAAAUUAAUUGCACAGAAUAUGAUUUUAUCUAAAGGGGCAUUUACAAGAAAGAUAACCUCCUUUGUCUAAUUUUACUUGCAUUCCCAUUUGAAUGGAGCUGAAUAAUUUAUUCUUUAUUCCAGUAAACAGAUGGAUCAGCAAGACACACUUUUAACACAUGGACCAAACUGCUGGCUUUCAUAAGUCAUUGCUUACAGUGGUUUUAAACCAAGAAAAAGUUUUCCAAUAUAUAUAAAGUCAGAGUUCUUACUGUUAUUUCAGGUGUGACCAUAUGACCACAUGACCACUGUCAAAGUGAAUUGCUUUACUUUAUAUCUGCGGGGGAGGGAGUUUGUUAAGAACCAGUCUGACUCUACACAAGUUAAAGUUUAUGAAAAUGACAGUAUAUUAAAAAAUUGAGAGUUGCUAAAAACCCCAGCAAAUUAAGCAAAAGAUGUGCUAUGUGAACGACAAAGCACUUAAAAGCUAUAGACACCUUUCAAUAGGCUCUAUCAUGUGAGCAAUCUCAUACUUGUGUAUUUAUAAAAUUUUCUAAGUACAACAAAAUGGUGCUCUGUUGAUUAGUUCAUAUCUACUUUAAACUGGAUUUCUAAAACUGUGCAGGUGUGACUGAUUUUGCCAAACAGAACUGUAGCUGAAAUACAGUUUAAAAAUCCAGUAAAGAGUUAAUGAUUAUGUGCAGUGUUAACCUAUGAAAUGGUAAAAUGAGGUUGGAUUGCUGUGCAAACAGUCUCUCAGAGAUUAGAUAAAACUCAGAAGAAGAACAAAAUACAAAGUAAGCAUGCAAAAGGUCUGGAACAAUGCAGAUUCACAGAGAGCUGGACAUGUAAGUACAAAAAACCCAAUCUGGAAAUACAAAUGGAUUCCAUGAGUUUUACUAUACAGUACUUCAGUAGUAACAGACAGUUGAAAACAGCUUUCACUUAACAGCAAAAUUAAUUUUAGAGGGAAGAAAAUGGUGAAGUCUCAUUCUGGAGAACAGCAAGAGAGGUAUUAUAUUAAGGAGCUAAAAUUUUCUUUGGCAUGGUAAAAGGGGAGAACUGAGUUUGCCAACGUAUUUACAUGAAGUUUCACCAUCCUGUGGCCAGUGCAAUGAUGUUUUGCACAGUCUACUUCUUACAUAAACUUUUUUGUUGUUUUCCGGUAUGCCUUCAUAUAAAUGCUUUAUUCAUCAUGUUGAAUCUGUGUAUACAAUAAAUAAGAA